CACGAACCUUCGGCUAACAGCAGCUCGACAGGAAACUGCAGAUACUGGAAAUCUGAGGAAGGCGAAAUGGUUAACAAGCCAGUGCAGAAUACCCCGGUGGCCAUCCCCCUCAACAGCAGAUGCUGCCUCACAUGCUGGGUAUUUCAAGGAUUCUCUGAUUUCAACCCAGGGGAAAAAAAUCCAGUGCAGAAUCUUCAUUACAUUUCCUCAGAGAAAGUGCAUCAUUCAUUUACUAGGACAGCAUUCCCCUAAACUAUACUCAACUUCUAAAUUAGCCUUCUGGGAGUCUUGCACAAGCAGUCCUGAAGUCCUCUGCAGCUUUGAUGUUUGAACCUUCUCCCAUUUAGGACCAUGCCAGAAUCAAGUGAUUCUUGAAUGAUCAUGAUCAAUGUAUCCAUUAUCUCUUCAGCAGCCUCUCUCAGGACUCUGGGAUGUUGUCCAUCUGGUUCAGUCUGAAUUCAAUCAUAUCAUGAUCACCGCCUCCUUGGGGUUCCUUCACAUUGAUCAUCUGGAUAGCCAGAGGCUUUUUCCCAGGGCUGCAACGGCUAACACGAAGGAGCAUAGUUUUAAGGUGCUUGGAAAUAGGUACCGAGGGGAUGUCAGGGACGCUGUCUGACCUGCUGAGUAUUUCAACGAUUCUCUGAUUUCACUCCGGAAAAAGAUCUGCAUAGUCUUCAUUACACUCCCUCAAGAGAAAGUCCAUUGUUCACUUAGUAAGAAUAACAAGUUUGUACCCAGUCCUCCUGGUGUGGUGUCACCAAGGCCAGGUAUAAUUCUGUGACCAAUUCCAGGUUGCCAUGGUGAUCACCUACUGACAGUACUCAGUACACACGGUGCCAGGACAACGAGACCUGACAGAGGAUCACCAGCCAGAGGCACGGAACCAUUCAGCCCUGUGAUCCUGGGACAGGAACUGUGUGUUCCAGUAGGACAUCAGGCACAGCAAAUAUCCUGGACAGCAAUCGAAUCAAAACAAUAAAUCUUUGGAGACUAGUUUUACAUUGUGGGAAUUUAAGGAUCAGAACAGUACACCUAUUCCCAGAACAUCCCGAUCAACACGCCGAGCUCCGAACCAGCCCCACCACUGAGAAAGAAAACACAGAUUCCAGGAGAACACAGAGCAUAUCAGAGACGAUGACGAGCAUUUUACCAGCUGAAAAUAAUGAGUCUGAAAAUCUCAGCCUCCCACAAAUUGUAAAGGAUUUGGGAUUGCAGGAUCAUUACCCUCACAAACUGUCCUUAAAGACCAUGCGGGAGGUGUCCCAGGAUAAACUGGAAGACAGCAAACCAACUCGUGCAGAAGAUCUUCCUUGGCAAUUUCUCAGAAGGAUCCUCGCAGCCAAUUCACUGGCGAGGAAUCCCGAAUGGCCACCUGAUCUGUCCUCGGACGCUGAGGAUGCUCAUGAUGAAGACUUCAGUGAUUCCUUUGAAGUUACAGCACCAGGGGAUCGUGAGAUAAAUCCUCUUGAUAUCAUUGCUGCCAUUUUCCUCUGUGCUGACCACUUUCUCCAGCAGGAACUGAUGCUGAAGAUGUCUCUGUGCCAGUUUGCAUUACCCUUUCUGAUGCCAGACACACACAGUCACCCCAUGAACAAGGUGAGGGGACCCACAGAAGGGUCUGGUGCCACCCUUCUCCUCUGGGCCAUGAGGCCCAUUGUUAAAACAUGGUGCCCACAUUCUCCUACAGACAGUAGCCCCAUUGUGGAGGUGCCCAUCGUGACAGCAGCCAUGCCAACGGUGUCCUUCCUCAGACUGGGAAGGUGCACAGUGUCCAAAUCCCGAAUCCUCAAUCUCACCCUGAGUCAGGCACAGCUGCAGCAGAACAUCUUCCUGCACUCCGAGAUGGAAUGUGGGAAUGUGCCCCGCAGGAUAUCCGAUGGAAUGGCUGAGAUCAGCUGGUAUCUCCCUUCUGGGAAGAGUAACACGGAUAUUUUCCCAGAGGCUGCUGCAUUCAUUAACCUCCGAGGUGAUGCUGAAACUUCCCAGAGAAACGCUCAGUUUCUCGUGAAAGUAUCUGCUGCUCUCUUUAUUUUCAUUGACGUUAUCGGUGAGAAAGAAAGAGAAUUCCUCACCUCUCUCACACAGUCACCAGCAAAACUUUUUCUCAUAGUCAACACCCACAUCAAUCAGCAACACAAAACCCCUGAGCAGGUGAAGAAACUUUUCAAAGAUCUAAAGUUAGAACGUCCACAGUGGAUUGUUCGGACAAAUGUAAAUGAGGCUAAACUUGUGGAAAAGCUCCGUUCUCAGAUCAAACAAGUAAUUCUAAUGAGGGACAGGGACCAGACCUUGCUGAGCUUGGAGCAAAUGGCUGACAUUGCGAUGGAAAGUGGGAUUGGGGUCGAUGAACGUCAAACUGAAAUACAACGAGCCAAGGAACUGACCAAAAUACUGGACAGACUUGACUCAGGAGGCAUUACUGGGUAUAAAAGGAGAGUGUUGCCCUUUCAUGGAGAGCCCUGGCAAGGGUUGUCUAAAGUUGAAAAAGAGAAAUCUCGGAUGAAACACCGUGGGGACAGAACCACAGAAGUGUAUAACCAGGAACUGGACCGGGAGAAGAACAGAAUCCGGGAAUCUCAGCUCAGACAGAGUCUGUCGGAAGAGAUGUGGCUGUUCAUUGAACACCUCACCCGUCAUGGUGGGGUUGACAGAGCCAUUUCCCUACAGUGGCUGAAGCUGGAGCUGGACAGUAAAUCACAGGAAAUUAUGGCAGGAUUGCGUAGAAUUUAUAAAGAACUGUGCAAAGACUCAAAGCAGAAGGUGAUGGAACUGAAGGAUUUGGAUCAGAAGAUGUCUGAUAGUUCCCUGGGACUCGAGCAUUUCAUGAGGGAACUUGGCCAGGUUUAUGAACUUUCAGUGACUCGACACAACAUCACCCGAAGGACACAGCUCCACCCAAAGGUGUCGCAGUUCCCAGGUGUUGCUGCUGAACUGUUGCUGGAAGGGUUCCCAUUGGAACUCAUCGAUGGAGAUGUUUCCAACGUUCCCGUUCCAUGGAUCACUGCCGUACUCACGGAAGUUGCUGACAAAGUGGGAAGAGCUUGCCGAGUGUUUGUGCUGACGGUGAUUGGAGUUCAGAGCACGGGCAAGUCCACACUCCUCAACACAAUGUUCUGUUUGCGGUUCGCUGUGAGCAGCGGCCGAUGUACUCGAGGGGCCUACAUGCAGUUGAUCAAAGUCACAGGGAGCCUGGCCAAGGAGCUGGACUGUGAGUUCAUCCUCGUCAUUGACACAGAGGGGCUGAGAGUCCCAGAACUCGCAACACUGACAGACAGCUACGAGCACGACAAUGAGCUGGCAACGUUCGUGGUUGGAUUAAGCAACUUAACAUUGGUAAACAUCGGGAUGGAAAAUCUGUCAGAGAUGAAAGAUAUUUUACAGAUUGUUGUUCAUUCCUUAAUCCGCAUGAGGGAGACAGGAAAAGGGAAAAGGUGCAUAUUUGUGCACCAGAACGUCGGCGAUGUGAGUGCGCACGAUCAGAAUCUGAGAGGCCGUCAGAAACUCCUGGAACAGCUGGAUAAGAUGACAGAGGUUGCAGCAAAGCUGGAGAAGGUAGACCGAGUAACGUUCCGUGAUGUGAUGGACUAUGAUGCUGACAAGGACAACUGGUACAUCCCUGGUCUGUGGCAUGGUACACCCCCAAUGGCUGCAGUCAACACCGGCUACAGUGAACACGUCUCCCAACUGAAGAACAACCUAAUUCAGUGUCUAAUCCAACAGAGAAAAUCCCAAGGAGCUUUCACUAUCCCGGACUUUAUCAAAUGGAUGGCUGGGCUUUGGGAGCAGGUGAAACAUGAAAAUUUCAUUUUCAACUUCCAGAACAGUCUGUUCGCAGAGGCUUACAACCACCUGUCCGUGAAGUACAAGGACUGGGAGUGGGAACUCCACAAAUUCACUCACUCCUGGGGAUAUGAGGCUGAAAACAGAAUCAGCAAUGUCAAAGGAGAUCUCACCGAACUGCUCCAUAAUCUGGAGAGGGAGAUCAGGACAGAGAUGAACAAAAGGGAGGGUGACACUCUGGAUAAACUACAAGCUCUGUAUGAAAGUGGGGCUGAUAACGUGCAUCUGAUGGAGAAAUACAGAGAGGAAUUUAAGCUCAGCAUCUCCAGUUUAUGCAGCCGGCUUCAGCACGAUUCAAUGCAGAGAUGUAGAGAUGCCGUGAAUAGACGGGUGGGGCUGCAGAGAGUGGAUAAUAUUUGGAAUAACUUUCACAAGAAGAUUGGAGAACAGGUGGAGAAGCUUUUACAGAAGUGUAAAGCAGCAAAUCGGGUGUUGGGUGAAUGGGAAUUGCAAACUGAAUUUGUAAGAAUGUGGAAAAGUACACUCUCUCAGCUGGAGUAUCAGCCCUGCAGAGAAAGAUACAUUGAACUGGAGAUUGAAAAUCUUCUCAGACAGGAAACAAAAACUCAAGGGAGAGUCAUUAAUCAAAAGCUGAAAGGUAAAAAUCUCUGUGAACUGGGAACCCAGUACUUUCAGAUUGAAGAGAAACAUAUCAACGUGUCAUAUUGGAGACAGGGUGCAGGUAAACUCAUUCCAUUCGGAUUGAAAUCAGAUCUCAAUCAAGCAGCAAUGAUUACAAAGCCCAUCGAGGAUGAAUGCAGACAUUGGAUCACCGAUAUCAUAAAAAAGGACAUGGAUUAUGACAAUAAAUAUUGCAUUGAAUUUUUGAAUGGUAUAGAGGGAAAAGUUGACAAUAUUUCACAUCAACACUUCUCAAUGUCUGAGGUUUUCAAGGCUGAGUUUAAACUUCACCUGUGUGGUUACGCCGCAACAAGAUUCCAGGAGAUGCACAGGAGGUUCAUUCACAAACACGACCCACGGAGAAGACUGGAAAACAUGAAAAGUAAAUACUUUGAUCUCUUCAUGGAUAUUUACACAAAGCAAGAUGAGAACCAGAGACAAGCAGAUCGAUUUGUGAAAUCUUGUUUCUUGCCAGCUCUCCGAGACGCCACCCUCAAGAGUCUCAGUGUGAAAAUCGUGGAUGAUAUGAGAAAACAUGACCCUGAACGAAAGUACAGUCUCCGCAACAACUUCACUGUGGCCCUCCUGGUCCACCUGAAACAAACACAUCAAUUUGAUAAAUAUCUCCAGUAUAUCAGAGACUUUGAGAAUUUCGCCAAAGACUGGCUCCAUCAGCAAGUUAUUAAACACUGCAAGACAGAACGUGAUGGAGAGAGCACAUUUACCCAUCUGGCUAAAGAAAUCCUCACAGAGAUCACUGGGCAAGCUAAGGACAUUGUUCGGGAUGCAGUGAAACAGAACUUUGCUGGAAAUGCUCAGAGCUUCCUAAACACGUUUGUUGAAAAGUUAAACACAAGAAUCUCAAUGCCCAAAGAUGAGAUGAAACUCGUUCUGUUUCGGAGUGGCAAUGAUGGGAAGAAAUGUGCGGAAGCCAUUCUGCCAUGUAUUGAAAAGGUGGAGCAGGAUCUCCUCCGUGAGGUAAAAGGCUGGGAUGUCAAAGCAAAGAUUGAAGAAUUAUCCAUGAAACCCAGGGAGGAGUUGUUCAAAGGGUUAUUCAAUUGUACAAAGCAAUGUCCUUUCUGUGGGGUUUUCUGUGACUCAGAGACCCCGGUACACUCACAACACUCUUGUAAACAGCACAGACCUGAAGGACUCAACAACCGUCAAUGGAAAAACAGUGAAUGUCUUGUAACGGAUAUCUGCACAGCUUCAGUUGCAAGUGAUGCAAGAUUCCGAAAUAAAGACACAAAUGGGAAAUUCUAUCCCUACAAGAAUUAUCGAACAGUCAAUGAUUACUACAAAUCCUGGAUUAUCCAACGGGAAAUUUCCGCACAGGCAGCAUCCUAUUGGAAGAAGGUUUUCUACACUUUCAAUCAGCAGUUUGCUGAUGAAUACAGAGCAAAGCCUGCAGAGAUCGAUGGAAGCUGGAACAUUGACUGGGAUGUGGUGAGGGAAGAAAUGAAUAAGACAUAUAAUACAACCAUUCAGUCUUGGUAAUGUCACUUUAAAUAUCGUUACUCUCUGUCUCGGAAGGAUUGGGCAGAGUAAAUCACAGUGUGUUCAAAUCCAAAUCGCAUCACAAAUCAUCAAAAGAAUCAGCAGAGCAGAAGGAAUGUUUUUGAUUGAUAGUUUAUCAAAUCAGGGAAUAAUUGAUGAAUCAGAUCAGGGAUCAAUGAGAAGUAUUUCUGGAGAGAGGUAACAGGUAUCCAGAGGGUAGGGACAAAAUGUGAGGGUGGAGGGUAGGAAAUGAGGACCUAGUGCCGGAAUUGAGGUGCUUUGAGUGAUGGGGUCAGGGGAACUCCAAAGAGGGACUGACAUACUGUAUAGGUUGACGAGGGGAAGAGGGAUAUUGUGAGGGUGGAUUGAAGUAUAGGGUGGGGGAAUUAAGGGAGAUGGUGAAGAGGGAUUGAGGAAUAUAGUGAGGAGGGAAGUGAUUAAAAGCCAUUUCAGAAGGUAGAGGAGGAUUGAUGGAUAGGGUGAGGUGGGGUUGAGGGGAUGGAGUGAGGAGAGAUUGAGGGAUGCGUGAGGCAGGAUUGAGGGAUAGGGUGAGGCAGUAUUCAUAGUCAUAGUCAUACUUUAUUGAUCCCGGGGGAAAUUGGUUUUCGUUACAGUUGCACCAUAAAUAAUAAAUAGUAAUAGAACCAUAAAUAGUUAAAUAGUAAUAUGUAAAUUAUGCCAGUAAAUUAUGAAAUAAGUCCAGGACCGGCCUAUCGGCACAGGGUGUCUGACCCUCCAAGGGAGGAGUUGUAAAGUUUGAUGGCCACAGGCAGGAAUGACUUCCUAUGACGCUCUGUGCUGCAUCUCGGAGGAAUGAGUCUCUGGCUGAAUGUACUCCUGUGCCCACCCAGUACAUUAUGUAGUGGAUGGGAGACAUUGACCAAGAUGGCAUUCAAUUUAGACAGCAUCCUCUUUUCAGACACCACCGUGAGAGAGUCCAGUUCCAUCCAGUAUUGAGGAAUAGGGUGAGAAGAGAAGUGAUUAAAAACCAUUUCAGAAGGUAGAGGAGGAUUGAGAGACAGUCAGAAAGUGUGAUGCUCGAAGAGAUUCUAAAGAUAUAUCAGAGAGCAGCAGGCUGUUCAGCCCAUCAAGUCUAUAAUGUUGUUCAUCAACGACAUGGCUGGUCUUCUACAUCGAGCAUAAUAGCACAGAAACAAACCCUUUGGCCCAUCUAGUCCAUGCUGACUCAAUCUUCUCCCUGGUCUCAUCUACCUGCAACUGAAACGUCUCCUUCCAAACCCCUCCUAUUCAUGUAAGUAUGCAAACUACCCUGAAAUUUUAUAAUUAAACCCACAUCUACCACUUCCACUGGCAUCUCAUUCCACACUUGUACCACCUUCUGAGUGAAAAAGUCUCCCUCAUGUUCCCCUUAAAUAUUUUACCUAUCACCCAAAAUCUAUGAACUAAUCUCACCCAACCUCAGGGAGAAAUCCUGCUGGCAUGCAGCUCAAUUGUGUACACCUCACAUUCUCCUACAUUCAUGGUCAAUAAAGUCCUCACCUACUCACCCUUUCCCCAUAACCCAGGUCCUCAAGUCCUGGCAACAUCCUUGUAAAUUGUCUCUGCUCUCUUUCAAGCUUAUUAAUAUCUUUCCUGUGGGGAGAUGACCAGAACUGCACACAAUACUCAAAAUUAGCCUCUCCAAAGUGUUGUCCAACUUCCAAAUCCCAACUCCUGUCCUGAUUUAUGAAGGACAACGUGCCAAACACUCUCUUUGUGACCCUAUCUACCUGUGAUGGCCACUUUCAAUGAUGGCUCUCUAUUUCCAUGUCCCUUUGUUCUACAUCAACACAAUUCCCUCCCUUCUCACGAUAUCCCUGAUCCCUUUCAUUCCAAGAAAUCUGUUGAUCUUGUGUUGAGCCCAGCCAGUCCCUGAGCCUGUCUCUACAGCUCCAGGGUGGAGAAUCCCAAUGAUUCAUCAUCCCCAGUGAAGAUGUCUAUCCUCACUUCAGUCCCUGAUGGCCUCCCCCUUAGUCUGCCCUCUCACUCUGGACCCCUCUGUCACAGAGACCAUCCUCUUUGCCUCUGCCCUGUGAAGCCCCUCAGGAUUUUACGUCCCCCAGGUCCUGCCUCAUUCUUCCAAACUGCCAGGAGUCCGUGACCAGCCGACUCAGUCUCUCCUCAUGUGUCAGAGCUGCCGUCCCAGGAACCGGUCAGGUGAAGCUUUGAUGCUCUACCCCUGUGCUGGGUACAUCUUUUACAGACAAGGACACUAACCCUUUCCCCAGUACCCUGGGUGCAGUCACACCGAGACUCUCUAUAGUCACAGUGGGUCAUCCUUCCUCAAAUCUCCUUGCAUUAAAGGCCAACGUUUCCAUCUUACCUGCCUGCAGUCUGUGCAUGUUGGCUGCCAGUGACCGGUGUACAAGGUCACCCAGGUUCCUGUGAACGUGAACAUUCCCCAGUCCCUCACCAUUUAAACAAUGGUCAGUGUUUCUGUUUCUCUCCCCAUUUUCUACACUGGCUCCAUCUGCCCCGCCGGUGCCCUUUCACUUAUUGUCUUUAUCCCCUUGUAACCUCUUUGCCCCUCAUCUCCACUCACUUCCCAUUUCAGCAAACCUGCAAAUGUUACUUUUGGUCUCCUCAGGCAAAUAACUGACUGUGAAUAACUGGGGCCCAAGCAUUGAUCCCUGUCUGAAACACCGCACGGAUCACAGACCAGUCAUGUGAGAAGGACCCAUUCCUUCCUACCAUUUCCUUUCUCUGCAUUAACCAAUGUUCAGUCCAUGCUGGAAUUCUCUCCCAGUUCCAAGUGCUCUUGUCUUCUCUCCCCAACUCCAUGUGCUCUAAACUUGUUCACCAAUCUCCAGUGAGAGACCUUCUCAGUAACCUUCUGAAAAUCCAAAUACAUCGCAUCUACUGGUUCCCCCCAAUGACUUCACUCGAUACUUCCCCAAAGACCAGUCAAAUGUGACUUCCAUUUCAUUAAUCCACGCUGACUCGACUCACUCAUAAUAUUUUCAACGACCUUGAUAUAACAUCCUUCGUUAUAGAUUCCACCAUUUCUCCGAAUGCCAGUGACAGGCUAACAGUUUGGUAGCUCACUGUUUUCUCUCUGCCUCCACUCUGGAGGAGUUCAGAGAGUCUGUGGUCUGGUGACCUGACCCACUGAGUUCCAGCAGCUCGUUUUUCAUCCCAGAUUCCAGUCGCUGCAGUCCCGUGUGUUCCCAGCAGACAUCACUGAGUAGUUUCAGCAGGCAGCUCAUUCCCUUCAGCACAUUGAAUAAAGCACUCUGCCCACACACUGUUUCUCCUCCUUCAGAUGCUGCCUGACCUGCUGAGCAUUUCCAGAUUUCCAGCCUCUGCAGUUCUUUCAUUGUCACUGACUCUGUUUGACCGUGUGAGAUUUUCUAAAUACCUUGUCAUCGUUCCUUUAGUGUGUGUUCAGCAUUUUCCCAGUGACAGAAAUCAAGACACUGAGUUUCCUGCUUUCUACCUCCGUCCUUUCUGAAAUGGGAUCCUUACAUUUGUAGUUUUCCAAUCAGCUGGGCCCAUCCCAACUCUGGGAAAUCCUGGAACAUCCCAACAAAGUGGAACUCCAACAUUGGAACAUGGAACAGUGUGUCACAGUACAGGCCUUUUCCCCAUGAGAUUGUGCCAACACUUUAAACAACUCCAAGAUCAAUCUAACCCCUCCCUCCCACAUAGCCCUCCACUGUCCUAUCACCCAUUGCCUGUCUAAGAGACUAUUAAAUGCCCCCAAUGUGUCUGCCUCUACCACCACCCCAGGAGUGUGUUCCACACACCCACCACUCUCUGUGUAAAAAUAACUUACAUCUGAAAUCUCUCCUGUACUUUCCUCCCAACACUUUAAAGUUAUGCCCCUCGUAUUAGCCACUUCACCCUGAGGAAAAGUCUUUUACAAAGAUGCUCAAUGUAGAUCUGAUAAAUAAAUGUGAAUGUCUGGGAGCUUUGGGAAGAAAUGUAUAAAAAGGUGCCGGACAAGAUCACCGACAGCACUGACUCCGGAGACAACCAGUGAAGAAGACCCUGAGUCAGGGACUCGGAAAAGAACUCACGGUGAACCUUGGCCAGGUUCAUCUGGGGUGGGGAACACCUGAACGGGGCGCUGGGUUUUGGGAGUUGUGAAAGUAAACUAAAGAGUUAACGUUUGAAUUGUGUAAUUACCCCUUGAACAAAUCCUGAUCAAUAAAGACAACAGUUAUUGGGCAGUCAUCGUCUGGUAUGUUCUAUCAUG